AUGUGCUCAACUCAUCGCGGUUUAAAAGAUCUUCCCAACGAAUUGAUCUUGAAAAUCGCCGAAUCUCUGCCCUGGAACACUUUGUACACAUUUCAGAAGACAUCUCGUCGUUUUUAUCGGCUUUUCGAAAAAGAAGAUCUCGAUCAAGCGUACGUUUCGUGGAGACUCGAUGGAGUUCACCAAAAUCGUCUCCUCAACGAUUGUGAUGAGAAUUUUUUCGAGGGUUCUCUCAUCAAAUCUUUCUAUUAUUUUGAAAAGAUAUACGGCAUCUCACCAGUCACUUUCGUCCGGAGAGGUGGCAUGGAAAUGUUGAACAAAAUAUCCAAAGGCCAUCUUUAUGAGUUGUACUACGAUGUCUCACGGGCAAAGGGGACUUGGAACAGAAUGGCUCACUGGAUUGGACACCCCAACUACAAGGAGCUACUACUAGCAAAACUAAGCCCAAGAUAUCUCCGUGUGUAUGAGUACUCUGCUUGGCUUCGUAUUCCUCAGAAAAGUGAUGGAAAUGCUAUUUACAGCCAGGAAUCGUCAUGGGUUCAUCAGCCGUUAUUGUCGCGAAAAACAACAACUGAAGUCAAUGAUGACAUAGAGAAAUUCGACGUUUUCGACACAAGGCAACAACUGAUACAGGCCCUUCAACGUGGUCAAAUUAUGUUGUACAAAGGAAAAAUCGCAAAGUCAUCAGCGUGGGCUCCUGAUAAAAAUGAGAAAAGUGGCAUGUUCAUUCGGUACUUCGGCUGGCGAGGAAAACGUCUCAAAGUCACCGAGAAGAAAAUUGUGCUUUGGGUGAAAGUCGACGAGGAAAUUGAGAAAAGUCGAGAACUGAUGCAUCAACACAAAGAUGUCAUGAUUAUGCAAACAUCAUGGCCUUAUAAUUAUGCAUGUCUUGCUAACCCAAAUGCA